AUCACAAUAAAAAAAAACUUUUUCCUCUCUUAAUAUAUUUAAUAUAUACCACCGUAUAUAGAAAUGUCUAGUGAGAGUAAUGUUGUUGUUAUGGUUCAUUGGAAUGGCCUACAUUUCAAAAAGAUGAUGAAAUAGAGUACUCCAUUCCUCCUAGGGCGGUACUAUUCAUCACCGAAGAGGAUGAUUUUACCAGUAUAUACAAGAGUGUUCUAAACCAUGUUAGAAGUGAGGGAUUUUCCGAAAUUAAAUUAAUUCACGGAAAAUUGCCGAAAUAUAAGAACUCGGUAUAUGUAGCUUCUAGACUAUGGCCCAUUCACGAUGAGAAGACAUGGACUCAUUUUUUUAAGAUUGCUAGAAAUGAGUACGAUGAAUUGCACAUUUACGCGGAAGCUAUACCAGCCCCGUCACAAAAUGUGACGUUCCAUGAAGCUCCUACAAAUAAUAAUGCUAUGCUUCAAAAUAGCGGAAGGGGUCCAUCAUCAAUAUAUGGCCGGAGGAACAAGCCCCAAACGUUUCAGAACUUCGAAUCUCCAGGAUCGGUGGAUCGAGAUGUGCACGGAGUCGGCUGGUUUCACUCCUCAAGAGACCGGUUUGCGCACAUCAGAUAUUGUUAUGAGUAGUGUUAUGCGUCGCCCAAUACUACCUCAUAGUACAGACGAAGAGGUCACCCAGCACGCUAGGGUCAUAAUAUGGCAAUUAUUGGGAGGCUUUUUAUUCCCUGACACGAGUUCGAGCAGAAUAAGAUUGUAUUUUUUGGAGCUCUUGCAGGAUGACUUGGCUUUAGCCCGGGACCUCAACAGCGUACGCUUGUACUGGGACCUCUUAGACCGCAUGACUGAGAGCCAGUUUGAUUUCUUUCCCUACCCAUUCGAUGCACUCCCACAAAUCUGUGUUGAUGCCAUUCGGCUUUGGGCAUAUGAGGGGAUGCUCGUAUUUUGCAAUAUGAUUGAAAGGCAUUACCCCGAUCGAUUUCUUCGGCAGUUCCAUAUAAUGCAAGAUAUUCCGAAAGACACUGAGCAGGGGAAUGAUCAUCACGCUAGUCGUUCCGCUGUAUCAUCAUCUGUGUUAACAUGGUGGGCGGACCGACAUAAUCAUGUAUACGCCCUGGAUUAUGAACAAAAAAUGAAUCUCGAAGCGACCGAUAGGUACCGAAGAUGGUACUCGCUGCAUGGGAUGAUACGUGUCAGGAACCCUUCUCAUGUUGCGCCCGCGAUAGGCUACACCCCGACAACACGCGAUUGGGGCCUUAUGAAGCAGGGCAUGCACGAUGUGUAUCAGCUCGCCAACAGGGCAGGUUAUGAGGACGUAAAAGAACGGCUUGAGCGGUUGCCUCUGGAAUUAGGUAAUGAAGAGAUGCUCCACCAUGGCGUAUUCCUUUACCCGGAUGCACAAGAGGAGCCCGCUCCUGUCCCUCGUCGUAGGCCACACCGACGAAGAAAUGCUCCCACCUGUGAUCGUAGACAUGGUCACGCUGAUGAAGAUAGAGAUGAAUAUGCAGGUGACGGUGGAAAUGAGGAAGAGGGUAAUGCAGAUGAAGUUGAAGGUUGGGGUGAGGAAUCACAACCGCCCCCUCAAUUCUCUUCGCAUCAAGAUUUCCCAUUUUUUUGAACCACCGACGUAUUAUGGUUCUUAUCAGUACUCUACACAGUCGGAUGCAUAUGUUUCCACUUAUGAAGACACAACGGGGGUUUGGAACACCGGCGGUGGGGACAUGGCAGGGCCGAGCACGCAAUGUUAGAUGUAGUAUUAAGUUUAUUAUUGUAGUAUUAAGUUUAUUAUUGUAUGUACAAUCUAUCUAUUUAUUACGGAGUAAUAAAUUACAUUGAAAACUAUUCACUUACAUUACAAUUACAAAAAUUGCAUUUUAAACAAAA